CCUUCCUUCCUGCGCGUCUUGUGCGCUUCUCCGCUCUCCUCACGUCUUUACGCACGCAUCUGUCCCCGAACCCCAAACCCGACCGGACUAAACCCGACACCGGACCCGAGACCGGACCCUGGACUAACCCCUGACCCGGGUCUCACGGGACCAGACCCGGAUCCGGACCAGAACCGAGCCGAGGAGCGGAGCGGAGGGAGAAUGCGGCAGGAGUAGCGGCGCUGUAACGGUGUGCGUGGCUCUGGGAGGGCAUCAGGAGUAAUCGUCUGUGUGCAUGGCUCUGCAGCGCCGCCUGCUGGUGGGGCUGGGGACGGCCUUCUCGCUCUUCCUCGUCUACCUGCUGUGCGUGCGCCUGGAGUCUCCGUUCAGCAUCGACCCCGUCAUCCACAGCCAAUCAGAGACCAGCAGUUUCGCGAGAGAUUCUGCAGACUUUCCCUCCAAAUCGGCUCCGGAACCUUCUCUAGAGCUUCAGAAUGAAACGAACAAGGAGACAAAGGGGGAGACGAGGAAAGGAGACGAGGUCGCAGGAUCUCAGGAUGGAGCUCACGUCGGCGCUGAAGACCUCAAUACUGCAAAGGCAAAGGACAAAAGUACUGCAAAGAAUAGUACUGCAAAAAAUACUGCACUAAAGCCAACCACUCCUGCAGUCGCCAUUCCAGCAAAGGCCAGAACGACCACUAAACCAGGACCUAAACCAGGACCUAAACCUGAACCUAAACCUGAACCUAAACCUGAACCUAAACCUGAACCUAAACCCACGGAGCCCUCGUUUAUUGGAGACUCGUACUACACCGAAAAGCGCCCUCUUCCGACGGACUGCCCCCUCAGUCUUCGUAAACGGGUUCCACACUCGGAGUCUGAGUCCCGGUUUAACUUUGAUGUCCCGGUUCUGCAGUGGUUCAAGCACCUGAGUCCAGAUCAGUACCAGAGACUCCGACAGUAUCCAGGCGCCCACGGCUGGGGCGGAGUCACCUACGAGACCCUCAACGAGACCCUGUCCGUUCUGGACGUCCCGGGCUCUGGUCUUCUUUUUGACGAUGUCCCGUCGCACCUGAACGGCUCACGGUGCAUUCGCUGCGCCGUCGUCGGAAACGGAGGAAUCCUCAACGACUCCAGGAAAGGACAAGAGAUCGACCAGCACCACUACGUGUUCAGGACUAAUGGAGCGAUCAUCAAAGGUUUUGAGAAGGACGUUGGCUCCAGGACGACUCACUACACGUUCUCCACAAACACCCUGAGGAACUCACUGAGGAGCUACAGCUCAGCAGGAUACAACCGCCCACCACAGAGCCAGGAGACUCAUUACGUUUUCCUCCCGGACCACGACAGGGACUAUCUGCUCAUGAAGGCAGCAGCCACACACUCCAGAGUCCAGACGGGCGCAGAUCGCAACGUAGAUCCGGCCCAGUUAUUUGGUUCUGACGUAACGAAGGAGAAGCUCAAGAUCUACCACCCAGACUUCGUCCGAUACCUCCGGAACAGGUUCCUUCGAUCGAACACUAUGAAAACCAAAUACAGAAACAUUUACAGACCCUCCACCGGAGCCGUGAUGCUACUGGCUGCUCUGCACUCAUGUGACCAGGUGAGUGCGUACGGCUUCAUGACUCCGGACUUCAGGAAAUACUCGGAUCAUUACUUCGACAAAAAGUUCCACGGUGUUGGAUUCUUCGCAAACCACGACCUGCGUCUGGAGAUGUUGCUAUGGCAACAGCUGCACAAGGACGGCCUCAUACAACUGUACAUGCGCCCAGACCAGGAAGCGGGCCAAAACAAGGUCUAAACCAGGUCUAAACCAGGUUCCAGGUUCUAAACCAGGACUGUCAACCACACAAUGUCUGAGCCUCUUUUUGAACCGCACGUGCACCAAGAACCAGGUCUAAACCAGAACUAGACCAGGUCCGAUCCAAGUCUGGACAAGUCCCAGCUCAAGACCAAAGACUGGAGAAUGUUUUAGUCCGGUCCGGGUCCAGUCCAGGUUUACUCCAGGUUUAGUCCAUGUAGCAUUUAGCCCGUUGGCUUCGUGUUUAUUUCCACUCUUUUUAAUUUAUUAUUUUAUUUAAGUGCGACUUCACAAAUCUCGCAGAAAGCCACUAAGAUGACGUCAUUGUGCCUUUUGUUUGUUUUAUAUUCAGAGUCUAAAAUAAAACUGUAAAAGUUUCAGAUGACAAUCGGCUCUGAAAUACUGUGACUUUUGUUUUUUGAUGAAGGAUUUCAGUCCCAGACACAUUUCUUUCUGGUUUGUUUAGUUUAAAGAUACAUAAAUAUUGUUUAGUUUAAGAAGAAUGAGAGAAAAGUCUGUUUUCUGUAAAUAAAUGUUUAAUUUUUUCUGUUUAAAGCUUUUAUGAGCACAAGUGUAUUUAGACUCAUGAGAUUACAGUGGGACUAAACUGGAAAUAUUGUAAACAAAACUGAUUUAGUCCUGGUUUAGUCCUGGUUUAGUCCUGGUUUAGACCUGGUUUAGACCUGGUUUAGUCCUGGUUUAGACCUGGUUUAGUCCUGGUUUAGACCUGGUUUAGACCUGGUUUAGUCCUGGUUUAGACCUGGUUCUUGGUCUUAAGUCCCGCUCAGAUCUUGUUCCUCUAAAUGUCAGUGGAACAGUUGACUGUAAGAUGAGCUCAUAAAGACCCCAUUAAGACCUGGGUCCGGUCCGGUUUAGUCCCGGUUUAGUUCUGGUCUCUUGAGAGAAACCGGAGUCAAGUCUAAACAAUACAGAGACCAGACGGAAAGGCCAGGACUAAACCAGGUCUGAACCAGGACUGAUACAGGUUUAAAGGAGAACUAAACCAGGACUAGACCAGGAUUGUACCAAUGGACCAACCUGGACCACGACCAAAAACAGAAGAAUGGUUCGGUCCAGGUUCAGUCCAGGUAUGAAAUGUCUGAAACCAGGACUAGACCAGGACCAGACCAGAGCUAAACCAGGACUAAACCAGGACUGUACCAAUGGACCAAACUGGACCAUGACCAAAGACUGAAGAAUGGUUCAGUCCAGGUUCAGUCCAGGCUCAGUCCAGGUCUAUAAAGUCUGAAACCAGGACUACACCAGGACUAAACCAGGACUCUACCAAUGGACCACACUGGACCACAACCAAAGACCGAAGAAUGGUUCAGUCCAGGUUUAGUCCAGGUCUGAUCCAGGUCUGAAAAGUCUAAAACCAGGAUUAGACCAAGACUAGACCAGGACUACAUUAGGACUAGACCGGGACUAGACCAACGAACCAAACUGGACCACGACCAAAGACCAAAGAAUGGUUCAGUCCAGGCUCAGUCCAGGCUCAGUCCAGGCUCAGUCCAGGCUCAGUCCAGGCUCAGUCCAGGUCUGAAAAGUCUAAAACCAGGGCUAGACCAAGACUAGACCAGGACUACAUUAGGACUAAACCAUUACUGUACCAAUGGACCAAACUGGACCACGACAAAAGACCGAAGAAUGGUUCAGUCCAGGUUCAAUUCGGUCCAGUUUUGAACCAGGACUAGACCAGGACUAGACCAGGACUAGACCAGGACUAGACCAGGACUAAACCAGGACUAGACCAGGACUAGACUGUGUCCAGACCGUGUCCAGGUCUGUGCUCCUGGUCUGGUUCUUUCCUUGUGUAAAGUGCCUUGUGUGUUUUUCUCUUUUUGGGACAAGUUUUGGACCCAGAUGGUGAAAUUCUUGCCACGUUUUGGUCGUUUUUGGGCCUUUUAUUAUUAUUAUUAUUAUUAUUAUUUAUUUAAACUGUUCAAAUGAAAUGAAACCACUCCAGCUCCGGCCUCGGGAUUUGUGAAGCACCAAAGACGAUUCAGGGACAAAUCUCACUUCAGUGGUUUUUGUAUUUUGGGGAAAAAAGUGCAAUUAGUAAAUGUUUUUCUAAUCAAAAUAUAAAAGUGUGAUUGUAAAAGUGUUUGUGACUCGUUUGUGCGACAACAAAAUAAACCACAGAGAUUUAAGAUUUA